GGGAAGACAGCUCCAGGGAGUCUGCGCACUCCUCUUCAGGCCUCGGCCCCUCCACAAAGAGAAGCAGGGAAGAGAGUGACACCUUGCAGGUAAGUAUGAAGAGGCUGAAGGGGAAUUGUGAGGACAGCCUCAAUGAGUUACCACCCUCCUCUUCAGGCCACGGCCCCUCCACAGACAGAAGAAGGGAAGACAGCUCCAGGGAGUCUGCACCCUCCUCUUCAGGCCACGGCCCCUCCACAGACAGAAGAAGGGAAGACAGCUCCAGGGAGUCUGCACCCUCCUCUUCAGGCCACGGCCCCUCCACAGACAGAAGAAGGGAAGACAGCUCCAGGGAGUCUGCACCCUCCUCUUCAGGCCUCGGCCCCUCCAAAAAGAGAAGCAGGGAAGAGAGUGACACCUUGCAGGUAAGUAUGAAGAGGCUGAAGGGGAAUUGUGAGGACAGCCUCAAUGAGUUGCCACCCUCCUCUUCAGGCCACGGCCCCUCCACAGACAGAAGAAGGGAAGACAGCUCCAGGGAGGCUGCACGCUCCUCUUCAGGCCACGGCCCCUCCACAGACAGAAGAAGGGAAGACAGCUCCAGGGAGUCUGCACCCUCCUCUUCAGGCCUCGGCCCCUCCACAUUCAGGAGAUACUGGAUGGUUCCUCUUGAUAACAUGCGAGGAACUGAAGAUAGCGACUCUGAUUAGGACAGAGUUUGGGACUGUUUGCUGCAGAAUUGGAAAACCUUUGCGUCUAACGGGGUAGAUAACUCUUUUGGUAGAAUAUUACACCAGGGCCUAUUUGUGUCUCUUUGUAAUCUUGAAGGCUGGCAAAGGUUUACGUAUUCUUCCCAUGUUUUUUGGCGGGGUUGGAUAUGACUCAUUUAGCAUCUAGCAUCAGGGUUAUUUUCUCUUUUGAUUAAUAGUUAGCUUUAAUGGUAAUGUACAGUAUGUCAUACCUAUAUUAGUUGCAUUUAUGUAGCACUUUCAUUCACGCACUAGAUCAAGAUUAACUUUAAUGUCCCGCCAUGUUGGAAAUUUGUGUUGGGCACUUAACCCAUGAGGCAGUCAUAUUAAAAAUAAAAACAGACAUGUAUAACAAACAAUAGAUAAUUUACAAUACCAUACAACAAACCAUAAUAUGGCCCUGAUGAUGUAUAAACACAACAUGGUGUCAAGCAGUGCUUUAGUUAAACAUUAUUCCAACAAUAAAAUAAUAACAAAAGAAAUAAGUAUCAGUGUAGGGAUCACAAGCACAACGAUAACAAAUCCGCAAAUCCCCAUCGCCAGAAAGCUACCACGCGAGGCACUCGCCUGACCAUUGGGAGCAAUGUGGGGUUCAGUGUUUUUCCCAAGGUAACGCUUUUUAGACUAAGCUACAGAUGCCUAUACCAGAGGUAAGUCAACAAUUAUUUGAAUAUGUUCAACAGAAAUGCAAGGAAAAUAGGGGACUUUGCUUAAAGAUAUGCAGUCUCUGUUACAAAUCAAAUUAUCUGUUAUUAGAUAAAAUGUUUUAACAAUAUUUCUCAUGUGAAGCACUUCGGGACUGUCUGUAAAACGGGCUAUAUCAAAUAAACCUGUUAUUAUUUGAUUGCAUUUACUAAUGACAGCAAGCUACCGUGCAAGGCACUAGCCUGACUGUUGGGAGCAAUGUAGGGUUAAGCAUGGUUGUUCUUUGGCUUUUUAACAUAGCUGUGGAUGCCUAUACCAGAGGUAAGUUAACAAUUAUUGACAGUAAUCUCACUUAUUGAAUAGUUAAGGCAUAAUAAAUCUUACUCAUUGUUAUACUGUCAUAUAUUUUUCUAGGUGGUUACUCUGGACCAGAUGAGAAGGAUGGACGACCACAGGACUGGGAUGACUACAAGUCCAGCAAAAGAGCAGUGGUUGCCUUUCUUUCACUUGGCCAAGGCAGGAUUCCUCUGGGAUUUUGGCACUCGUCAGGCAGCUGAGAACGGAUGUCAACCAACCUAUCAUCUCAGGCAGACCCAGCACCACAGCAGACCACUGGACCACGGACGUCAACCAACCUAUCAUCCCAGGCAGACCCAGCGCCACAGCCGACCACUGGACCACGGACGUCAACCAACCUAUCAUAUCAGGCUGAUCCAGCACCACAGCAGACAACUGGACCACAGAGGUCAACCAACCUAUCAUCUCAGGCAGACCCAGCACCACAGCAGACCACUGGACCACGGACGUCAACCAUCCUAUUGUCACAGGCAGACCCAGCACCACAGCAGACCACUGGACCACGGACGUCAACCAUCCUAUUGUCACAGGCGACCCAGCACCACAGAAGACCACUGGACCACGGACGUCAACCAACCUGUCAUCUCAGGCAGACCCAGCACCGCAGCAGACCACUGGACCACGGACGUAAAGCAACCUAUCCUCUCAGGCAGACCCAGCACCACAGCAGACCAAUGGACCACGGACGUCAACCAACCUAUCA